GAAAACCAAAGAAGUUAUCUUCAGCAUGGAGGAGGGGUCUGUGAAGAUGUUUCUGAGAGGACGCCCUGUGCCCAUGCUGAUCCCGGACGAGCUGGCACCCACCUAUAGCCUGGACACCCGCUCUGAGCUGCCCUCCAGCCGGCUAAGGCUAGACUGGGUCUAUGGCUAUCGAGGCAGGGACUGCCGAGCCAACCUUUACCUCCUACCCACCGGGGAGGUGGUGUACUUUGUGGCCUCCGUGGCCGUACUGUACAGUGUGGAAGAGCAGAGACAACGGCAUUACCUGGGGCACAACGAUGACAUCAAAUGUCUGGCUGUCCACCCGGAUAUGGUCACCAUCGCCACGGGACAGGUGGCAGGCACCACAAAGGAAGCAAAGCCUCUGCCACCCCAUGUCCGUGUCUGGGACUCAGUUUCCCUGUCUACCUUACAUGUCCUGGGGCUGGGGGUGUUUGACAGAGCUGUGUGCUGCGUGGCCUUCUCCAAAUCCAACGGGGGCAACCUGCUGUGUGCAGUGGAUGAAUCCAACGAUCAUGUCCUCUCCGUGUGGGACUGGGCCAAGGAGACCAAGGUGGUGGAUAGCAAGGUGAGUGGCCUUGCUGCUCAUUGCCCUUCCCUGUGGGUGUCCUCUCACGACGUGCUGGGCCAUGCGGUCAGGAGUCUCACUAAUGGGCCUCAUCUCCCAGGGGGCGAUGAGGAUAAAGUGUGUUUUGGCUCCAACAAGGCUGUGCUGCUGGCCACCUUCCACCCCACUGAUCCCAGCCUGCUGAUCACCUGUGGGAAAUCCCACAUCUACUUUUGGAGCCUGGAGGGAGGCAGCCUGAGCAAGCGGCAGGGCCUGUUUGAGGGACACGUGGAAGAGUUGUGGGGCCUGGCCACGCAUCCUAGCCGGGCACAGUUUGUGACCUGUGGGCAGGAUAAACUGGUGCAUCUGUGGAAUUCAGAGACCCACCAGCCCCUGUGGAGCAGGACCAUCGAGGACCCUGCCCGUUCUGCUGGCUUCCACCCCAGUGGCUCUGUCUUGGCAGUAGGCACAGUGACCGGCAGGGGACGCCGCCACCUGUAAGCAGAUUACCAGUGCAGAUACCGUGAGGAAUGUGGAAUGGGCUACCGCUACUUGUGUGUUGGGGUUUGGGGUGUUCGGGAUCUGGCCCGAGGGGGCAGACGGCACAGACAUCAAUGCUGUGGCCCGCUCUCAUGAUGGGAAGCUGCUGGCUUCUGCAGACGACUUUGGCAAAGUGCAUCUGUUCGGCUAUCCCUGCUGUCAGCCAAGAGCCCUAAGCCACAAAGAAAAUGGACACAGCAGCCAUGUCACAAAUGUGGCCUUCUUGUGGGAUGACAGCAUGGCCCUGACCACUGGAGGCAAAGACACUAGUGUCCUGCAGUGGCGUGUAGUCUGAGACAAGGGUCUGGGGCCGGGGGGAGUCCAGUGGCAGGAUUGAGUUCUAUUUUUGGGAGAUGU